UAUAAAAACAGCAAGUAAUCAUCAAUUUGCAAGUCAUUCUGAUCAAUAGUUGUUCAUUAAAUUAAUUGUAUUACCAUCAUCAUUAGCCAAAACUCAUUCACCAUGAAAGUUUUAAUUGUUACUUUAGCUUCACUUUUUGUGACAGUUUUGUCCUCACCCACUGGAAACACUUUGUCGUCAGCCCCUGCCACCGGAGCUGCAGUUCCAACACCUAUUGGAUCAACAGUAUCAGCGACCGCUAAAGCAGCUACUGCUGCCGUCGCUUCAGCCGCCACAACCGCAGUAAAUUCAACAUCCGAUGCUACCUCAUGUGCUCACCACCGACAACGGGAAACAAAUUCCAAUACCCGAUUACCUGGACGAUUGAUUCCCGAAUGUCGACCUGAUGGUAAAUACGCUUCCCUUCAAUGUCACGGUGAAGCUGUUGGAGGUGGAAAGUUCUGUCAAUGUUGGGACCCAGAAGGAAACAUCAUCCGAGCUCCAUCAAAGAAGGUCAAGGCUUGUGAUUGUAUUCUCCAAAGGCAUCAAUUGACCAAUGAAAGACCUCGACGAAUUGGAGCUUUCAUUCCUGCAUGUGAAGAAUCUGGUCACUUCAAGAAACACCAAUGUCAUGGAUCAACUGGACACUGUUGGUGUGCUCACCCAAGUAAUGGAACCCAAAUCGGUGAAAGGACCAGAGGACUUGCCGCUGAAAGUUGUGCUUAAUAAAUCAAAUUAAAUAUCAAUUAAAGACAACAAAUUUUGUUUCAA